AUGGCAGACAAGGAGGCAACCGUCUAUGUCAUCGACCUGGGCGAGUCGAUGAGUGACUGCCACAAUGGCCGCGAGGAGUCCGACCUCGAUUUCGCAAUGCGUUAUGUAUGGGAUAAAAUCUCGACCACUGUUUCAGCCAACCGCAAGACCUGGACGGUUGGGGUGGUCGGCUUUAAUACUGAUGACACCGACAAUCCCCAGGACCGCGAGGGUCUGGAAGGGUAUGAAAAUAUCUCCGUACUUCAGGAGAUAGGCUCGAUGACAAUGAGCUCGUUGCGACGGUUACGCUCCUUAAUCAAGCCGUCGCACUCCUCUUCUGGGGAUGCUAUCUCAGCCGUGGUCGUUGCCCUGGACAUGAUCGAAAAGUUCACAAAAAAGCUGAAGUACAAGCGAAAGAUUAUUCUCGUCACAAAUGGGCACACACCCAUAGACGACGAUUCUACCGAAGAUGUCGCCCUGCGCCUCAAUCAAUCCAGCAUCGAACUAGUGGUUGUCGGUGUGGACUUUGAUGACCCUGAGUGCACAGAGGGAGUGUUUGGUACAAUGGCAGAAGCUGUUGAGGAGCUGGCCAUUCCACGCAUUAAGCCCAUACGGCCCUACAGGUCGUAUGAAGGCUUACUCACCCUUGGGGACCCUGAUCAAUAUGAGAGUGCCAUCAGCUUCCAUGUCGAGCGCUGGACGAAAACCAAGGUUGCCAUAGUUCCCUCCGCAAGCACGGUAACAGUCACGCAUGGUCCUGGGGGAUCUUCGCAAACACAAACACUCGACGGCGAAGAUGUCGAGAUGGCAGGCACAGAACUCUCCAACAUCAAGAAUACGCGCACCUAUUUCGUCAAGGAUCCCAAUGCCCCUGGUGGCAAACGUGAUGUUCCCGCCGACGAAGUCGAAAGGGGGUACCUAUACGGUGAAACGGCGGUACCUUUUAGCGAAUCUGACUACACAGUCAUCAAGUUUGAUGCCAAAAAGUCAUUCACCAUUCUUGGUUUUAUUCCGUUUAGCAGUUACCAACCUUUCCUCAGCAUGGGCGAAGCUGGCUGCGUUGUAGCACAGAGAAACAAUCCAGAAGCCGAGAUAGCUCUGUCCUCGUUCAUUCACACCCUCUACGAGCUCGAGUCUUAUGCCGUGGCACGAUUCGUGCAGAAAGACGGAGCCCAGCCACAGAUUCUGCUGCUGAAGCCUAAUCCAGGAAUCGAGGACGAGUUCGAAUGCCUAUACGACGUCCCGCUACCGUUUGCCGAGGACGUGCGUAAUUUCCCAUUUCCACCGCUAGACAAGGUUUUGACUGUCACCGGCAACGUCCUCAACGAACAUCGGCUUCUGCCCUCGAAUGACCUUAGGAAGGCAAUGAGUGAUUUCGUUGAUGCUAUGGAUCUGUCUAAAUUUGAUGUUGAUGAGGAGGGAAACCCGGCGGAAUAUGCCACUCUGGACGAUAUGUAUAAUCCAACCAUCCACCUCCCUCCUAAAGCCCAAGGCCGCCGUGGCAAGAAGGAAACUGUCAAGCCGCUGUCAGGUUUGGAUGUGGACGCUCUCCUAAGCGAUACUGGACGGUCCAAACGGGUACCCACUAUUUCAGCAGAGAACGCGAUUCCCGAAUUCAAGCAGGCGCUUGCGACAGCAGCAGAUGAUGCGACUAUUCAGAGUGCCGCUCACCAGAUGGGCGAAAUAAUACGCAAAUUGAUCGCAGACAGUUUUGCCAACCUGACAUACGCACGUGCUGCUGAGUGUCUAAGAGUGAUGCGCGAGGAGCUGGUAGCCCUUGAAGAGCCAAGAUUAUACAACAAGUUUAUUCGAGGGUUGAAGAAAAGCAUACUCAGCGGAGAAUUGAACGGAGAUAGGAGGGAAAUGUGGGCUGAGCACAUUGCCCAGGCGGGGUUAGGGCUGAUUACGAACGACGAGUCGGAGGUAUCGGAUGUAACUCUUCAACAAGCUAGUGAGUUUCUGAGGCCCUCCAACAAAUAA